AUGCAAUCCACCAAAGAAGUUUUUGCAGUGUUUUAUCAAUGUACAAUUACAUUUAAAGACGGUUUCAUUUUUGGAACAAUGGCGUGGCUCGAAUGUUACUUAACUCUCGAAGUUAUCUUUUCCGACACUUUCAUUACCACGAAAUCUUCAAACAGCGUUUUGCAAUUGGAACGUGCUGUGCACUCGGGCACUUUAUUUCAUUGGCACGAGUGUCCGGAGUGGAGUCACGCGCGGGGCGGUGAGGGGGCGCGGGGCGGCGGUCCGUCGGGCCCACCGUGGGAACGCUCUGCCUUUAACGUGUCGCACGUGCUCGAGACGCUACUACAAUCCAAACGAAACAGAGCGAGACAGAAAACACAAUCUCCUAACGAGAAACAAGGACGCGUUAAAAGAAAAAAUGACACGACAAUAAAA